AUGAAAAACGUACUCAAAUCUAUUCUGUCUUCGGACGCCCCGGUGACAGACAAGAAACUGCUCCAUCCGGCGGACAGCAGCAGCGGCGCUGCCGCCAGCUCCGCCAGCGACGCCGGCAAGGGCAAAGGUGACACGAUCGUGGUGACAGAGCGCGACUCGUCCGACCACGACAUCGAAAAGAGCCGUUCCGUAGGCCUCGCCGCGUUGCGGUCCGCAGACUACGACCCGCUCGGAGGUAAGAUCUCGGCGAUCGCGGAGAACGACGAGUACGCGGGUAUCACCGUCGAGGACGACUCGCCGUACCCCGAGGUGCGUGCCUCCGUGCCUUCCACGGACGACCCGUCGCUCGUGCAGAAUACCAUCAGAAUGUGGACCAUCGGCAUGAUCAUGACGACGAUCGGGUGCGGGCUGAACAUGCUGUUCUCCAUGCACUCACCCACGAUUGUGCUGACGACGUUCGUGACGUCGAUCUUGGCGUGGCCUCUGGGUCGCGCAUGGGACAUGGUGAUGCCUGACAAGCCCGUUUUCGGGCGGUUCGGCGGCCCCUCGCUCAACCCGGGUCCUUUCAACGUCAAAGAGCACGCGCUCAUCACGGCCAUGGGUAAUGUCGCGUUUGGCUCGGGAAACGCGUACGCCACGGACAUCAUCUUGUCGAUGAACAACUUCUACAACAAAGACUUCGGAUGGGGCUUUGACCUGCUAGCCGUAUGGUCCACGCAGUGCAUCGGGUUCGCGAUGGCGGGGCUGUCGCGUAAGGUGCUAGUGACGCCCGCGUCGAUGAUCUGGCCCGCCAACCUGGUCACGUGCACCUUCCUCACCAACAUGCACAUCAACGAGAACCACGUGGCCAACGGCUGGAAGAUCUCCCGCUUAAAGUUUUUCAUGAUCGUCUUCAUUGUGGGCUUCGUGUACUACUGGUUCCCCGGCUUCAUUUUCCAAGCGCUGUCCUACUUCGCGUGGGUCACGUGGAUCAAGCCCAAGGAUGUCAUCGUCAACCAGGUCUUCGGCGCCAGCACCGGCCUCGGUCUGAUUCCGCUCACCUUCGACUGGAACCAGAUCGCCGGUUACGUCGGAUCGCCUCUGGUGCCUCCUCUGGGCGUCAUUGCUACCAUUCUGCUGUCCAUGGUCAUUAUCUUCUGGAUUGUGGUCCCCGCUGUCCACUACUCCAACAUCUGGUACGGCAAGUACUUGCCCAUUUCAGACUCCGGCUCGUACGACCGUUUUCAAAACACUUACAAUGUGUCAAAGAUCGUUUCGGAGAGCCUGACCUUCAAUAAGGACGCUUACAGGGAAUAUUCACCGCUCUACCUGUCGGCCACCUUUGCAAUUUCCUACGGCCUAUCAUUUGCGGGUACCAUGGCCACUAUCACACACGCGAUCUGUUUCCACGGGAAACAGAUCUGGGGAGCGAUUCGCAAUAUUACCUCCUCAGAGGAAGAAGAUGUUCAUGCUAAGCUGAUGCGCAACUACAGGGAUGUGCCUCAGUGGUGGUUUAUCGUUGUGUUCUUGAUUUUUUUUGGUCUUUCCAUCGCAACUGUGAGAGCCUGGCCUACCGAGAUGCCUGUUUUUACAUUGAUCAUCGCACUUCUGAUUGCCUUUUUCUUCUUGCUCCCAGUCGGCAUCAUUUACGCUCUAACCAACAUUGCUGUGGGGUUAAAUGUCAUCACCGAAUUUAUCAUUGGAUACAUGACCCCUGGUAAGCCAAUUGCCAUGAUGUUCUUCAAGACAUUUGGUUACAUUACCAACAAUCAGGCCAUCACUUUCGCUCAGGACAUGAAGAUCGGCCAUUACAUGAAGGUUGCACCCAGAGUGUUAUUCAGUGCGCAACUAGUCGCUACUGUUUGGGGUGGUUUGGUCCAGAUGUGCGUCAUGAAGUGGGCACAGGGCAACAUUGAGGACAUCUGCACGAGCAAGCAAAAAUCCCACUUUACUUGCCCCGGCUCCAAGGUGUUUUUCAAUGCCUCUAUCAUCUGGGGCGUGAUUGGUCCUCAAAGAAUGUUCUCUGCUGGCCAGAUGUAUGACAAGCUCAUGUACUUUUUUAUUCUGGGCGCCGGUCUCCCAGUUGUGAACUGGCUAGUUUUGAAAAAAUGGCCUCGCUCCCUCGUCAGGUACCUUAACUGGCCCGUGUUCUUCUCAGGAACGGGGUUGAUCCCUCCAGCUACCCCUUACAACUAUGGUGCCUACUGCAUGGUUGGAAUUUUCUUUGGCUACUUCAUCAAGAAGAAUUAUUUCAACUGGUGGGCUAAGUACAACUACUCACUGUCUGCCGGUCUCGACAUUUCUCUAGCGUGGUCCUCGUUGAUCAUCUUUUUGGCGCUUGGUCUCACCAACACCGAUGCGCCAAGCUGGUGGGGAAACAACGUUAUCAACACCAUUGACUACGACGGUACCGCAAUUCAGCACCAGCUUACGGAUGGCGAAAGCUUCGGCCUUAAAAAGUGGUAG